AUGGUCGCCGGCCGUACGGCUGGGCCACUCAGCGAGCCUUCAGCUCUGAGGGGUAUAAAUCAGCGCGCAGCGAGCGGUGAAGCAGUUGCAGUCUUCCGGCGGUGUUGUAAGCGUAGUGAUCGUCCGUUUCCUCUUCUUCUUUUCACUGGAGGAUGUGGACCACUCUUCCGCUUCGUCUUCGGGAGGAGACUCUUCGGAGGGAGUGGUGGUUGGACAAGUGUGGAUAAUUUGUCGAAUGAGCACAAACCGAUGCUCCAGACCUCCUCUGAGUUGGAUCUUUAAGAAGACAAAUGAGAUUUUCUAGAAUUUCAAAUAUAUUUGUUUUCAUGAAACGUCGUGAAUAGUUUAAUCUUUCUAAUCGUCUUUGGAGGUCUGACUGAGGUUUGUGAAGACUCCGCGCGACGUCGGCAACGUCCCGUAAUUUACCAGUAAUAUCCCACAGCAUAUUGAUUUUAUCUAUUUCAUCCU